ACCUCGAUUUAUGCAAUUUGUUGGAGUGAAGUUGUAAUCUCAUCGCUCUUAUUGUAAUCGUGUGUUGGUGGCGGUUUAUUCUUACUCUGGACGACCUUAUAACUAAGUGGUCGGCCUUGUUUACUAAGGUAUGCUUCGAUGAGUUCUGUGUGCUGGUUAAUGGUUCUCUGUGGUUCACUUUUUUCCUAACUAGGUCGACCGCAUUUGUAUAAAUCUGUGAUAAGGUCGACUAUACAGUGGAUCCAGGUCGACCUCAGCUAUGUAAUAUGGUGAUAAGGUCGACCGUACAGUUAAUCCAAGUGACCUGACGAGACCUAAUUUUGAUUUUAUUUAACAUACAAUUCGUAUUCCGAUCAUUGCAUGAUGGAUAAUAGAGAUGAUAGAGAUGAUAGAGAUGCUGACAAGAUUAACUUUGAUGAGGAACCUAAGGAUGCUCAAGGAGGAUCUAUGGAUAAUCCAGAUGAUACAGAUGACGAAGUGAUUGGGAACGAUGAGGAAACGAAGGGUGCUGAAGAAAAAUUUAUGGAUGAUGAAGAAGCUACUGAAUACGAACAACAAAUUCCUUCCAUGGAGUUCCAAACAUUAGAAGAUGCAGAGAAAUUUUAUGAUGCCUAUGCUAAAGCGAAAGGGUUUAGCGUUCGACGUAGAGAUCUUCGGAGGAAUCUUCUUUGACCCAUUUUUUGCUUGUUUAACUAAGAUCGACCUAUGAUGUUUUUACUCCAAAUGUUACGGGCUUGCUUCGACCCAUCUCGUUUUGAUUAACUGAGGUCGACCGUUACUGUUUUUGAGGUUGAUCUAUGAUGUUUUGACGAGUUUUGGCCUUCUUAGACCCAUAUUUGUGCUUGAUUAACUAAGUUCGACCUAUGGUGUUUAUUAGGUCGACCUAUGAUGUUUUUUAGGUCGACCUAUUUUUUUUGUAUCAUCGAUUAACGUAAAUGUGGGGGUUAUUGAUUCUGCUUGCAAACAGAGGUCGACCAAUGAUGUUUAGAGGUCGACCUAUCGUUGUUCUGUUUUGUCUAUGCUGGUGAUGCUGAUGAAGGAGCCGGAGACGAGCCGAUGUCGCAGGCACAGAGUUGAACUCCACCGGUCACCUUAGAACGUAUGUGGGAGCGCAUGGAUGGCAUGUACAACUACAUGGGCCAGAUUUGCACCCAGAUGACUGGCAUGUACGACUACAUGGGGCAAAUGACCACCCAGAUGAGCACAGUGCAGGUUUCAUGCGAGAUGAGUUUCGAUAUUUCAAUGGAAGAUACAUGGAUCCCACCAAAUCCGACUACCAUAAUGCUAGCAACACCAAUGAAAAAAAUGUGGAUGA